AUGGACGCCAUGUUCUCAAGUGGAGUGGAGCAGAGUGUGGUUCGCAGGGAACUGAUGGCGUGCAAGCAAGGGGGCAAGUCAGAGACACCUCUGCGCCUGGUUGAGGAGGACACCCCUUGCUCAGAGGUGCAGAGCCAGCAGCUCAGGCAGUUCUGCUACCAGGAGGCCAAAGGACCACGAGAGGUUUGCCGCCAACUCUACCACCUUGACCAUCAGUGGCUGAAGCCAGAAAGGCACACGAAAGCUCAGAUGUUGGACCUGGUGAUCUUGGAGCAGUUCCUGGCUGUCCUUCCUCCGGAGAUGGAGAGCUGGGUGAGGGAAUGCGGAGCGGAGACCAGUUCCCAGGCAGUGGCUCUGGCCGAAGGUUUCCUCCUGAGUCAGGCAGAGGAGAGGAAGCAGGCAGAGCAGCAGGGGAAGGAUCUGUUAGCAGAAAUAGGUCCGGAUUCCUCUGAGAUAGAAAAGACUCCCUUGGACUCCAGAGAGAGGCCUCUGGGAGACGGAACGAGGCCAGCAAGACCUGCUUGUCCAUCUUUUAUUGGUGGUGGAGGGGAAGCUGCCCCUGUGGACCCAGAGCAGGGUCCAGUGUGCUUUGAAGAUGUAGCUGUCCAUUUCACAGACGUGGAAUGGGCAUUGCUGGAUCCUGACCAGAGAGCCCUCCAUAAGGAAGUCAUGGAGGAGAAUUGGGGGAUCUCGGACGCUCUCAGUAAGGCUUAAUAUUAUGCCUACCCCCCUCCAAGAUGGCCCCCUUUUGCUCUUGAAGGGCUGGUCUGUCUGCAGCCCCCACAGCCUCCCAUCAGGGCCCCUUCAUGGGGGCAGAAGCAGAGGAAGGGCCUCAGGAAAGCAGCCAUGGCUCUGGCCAGAUGCACAGGAGGAGGAGGGGCGCUGACCGCUCUCCUUCCCCCUCAGACUCCAUCCAUCAGCAGCUCCCAUCUCCUCAUAGGGGCAGGGCCACCAGAGGUGCAAGGUGCUGAGCAGGGGGGAAGAUCCUCCAGGGCAGAUAAGACCCCCCCCAUAUUUUUUCCAGAGUCCUCUAAACUGCCCAGGCCUUCUUAAAUGUAUCUUCAAAGUGAUUCAGGAAGUUGAAGUGGCUUCUGUCAGAUGUUUUGUUUCUGUUCUUCUAUCUGUCCUUGGCUGACUAAAGAGAUGAGUGACAUUGGAGAUGGCACAGAUACCAAGAUUGGGCCAAACAAAAUCCGUCCCAGAAAAUAAGCAGGCUUUUUGAACCUCAGGCAGUGAACCCUGGAGGAAGGCCUCACAUCUAACUCCCUUCAGUUCUUUCCCUGUUACAGGCAUUAAUUAGCACUGCUCCAUAAUUUGGGACUCC